ACCUUUUUCAGCUUUCAAAGAGAGAACAUGUCUUCUUCGUCUAGUUCGUCAAGUUCGUCAAGUUCGUCAAUCUCUUCUCCCAGCUCGAGUUCAGAUUCCGUCUCGAGAAAUCAGGACUAUCGCAAUCGUCUACGCGACCAUAGCCGUCGGACCGGAGAGAAAGAGAGGAGGGGCGCAGAUCGAGACUGGGACCGUAGAGGCAGGAUCCGCGGUCGAAGGGAGACUAUCAGCCGCUCUCGUAGUCGCUCACGCAGCUACAACCGCAACCGCAGUGGCUCUCGCAGCCUCAGCCGCUACCGUAACCGUAGCCGAUCGUCGAGCCGCAAUAGCACCCGUUCAACCGAGCAAGCCAGACCGACGGACCAAAUCAGUAUUCAUACCGACCUCCCUCCGACAGCCAUUCAAGAUGAUGGUGAGUUAAUUAUCGCCGAUGCCAUCCCACCACCCCUCGAUCAGGAACCACUUCUGCCCAAAAGUUUCCGUCUCGACAAGGCCCGUUCGAAAGAACUCAGGUCUUGGAUGACCUCUGCCCAGAAACCGACGGAGGCCAAACAGCUUAGGGAAAAUUUUCAUCCCUCGUUCGAGAAGCGUUCUUUUGAGUUUAAAGUCCCAGUGCUGGACCCCUCCAUGGCACGGAGGCUCAAGGAAGUAAGAGGAGGAGAGGAGAGCAAGGCGGAGGCUAAGGAAAAGGCCCUAGUGGCCUCUCAAUUUAAAAUAUUGGACAUCGCCAAGCCUAUGCUGUAUCUUUGGGGCAGUGCAUCGGCCUCUAAUGAUCCAGUCCUGAUCAGCGCGGCAGAGUCGGCGCUUCAGCUGUGGGGCCCCGCCUUUCACAGCAUAACGAUGCAGAGAAGGGAGAACGUGCUACACCAGACGGACCCCCGUUUCGAGGCCUUAUUGUCGGAACCGGGCCGGUUCAAGGCAAGGGAUUGCGGCCUGCUCUUCGGCCGCACCUUUCUCCGCAGCAUGGUCAGAGACGCAUCCGAUGACCAGAAAUUGAAGUCGCUGGGCCAGCCCGGGGGACGGCCAUCUACAUCCUCUUCUAGCCGCCACAGCAGACCCAGCGGCAGCUCGCGUGGGGCGAAAAGUGGCAGAACUGGAUCCGGCUUCACCCUCCAUGGUAACUUCAACAAACGCGGCACCAGACCCGGAUCUUCAUUCAAUCGCGGAUCGAGUUGCAGAUCGCCUGUCAAGGGCCCCGCCGGACUCAAGCGACUGGAUGCUGAAUCCAGCCGUAUUCAGUCACCUAAGAGCUCGUUGGAGCCUACAGGUGGACCUAUUUGCCUCGUUAUGGAACAGGCAGAUGGACCGAUUCGUGAGCUGGGGCUCUCAUUCGGGCGCACGCAUACGCAUUCCCGCCAUUUUGUCUGA